AUGGCCACCAAGUCUGCAGGUCAAGAAGCCACGAACUCCUCAAAGGCUGUAGCCAGUUGGCACUCUAGCAGGGCAUACACCACUGGUUGUAGAUGCUCCGGGAGUUGCCCCAUGGAAUCUAGCACAGGCGUGUCUGACCCCGGAGGAACUGGCAUCUCAUCGACCAGCUUGGACGCUCUUUCUGCUUUGAAAUCCGCCUUGGUUGAUCCACAAGGUGCGCUUCAAAGCUGGGAUCCAAAUUUGGUUGAUCCAUGCACCUGGUUUCACGUUACAUGCAAUGAUGAUAACAAAGUCACAAGGCUGGAUCUUGGCGCUUAUGGACUCCAGGGAUCUCUUGUCCCUCAGCUUGGAUCUUUGGCUAAUCUUCAAUAUCUGGAGAUAUAUAGGAAUCAAAUCAGUGGAUCGAUUCCAGCCGAGCUCGGAAAUUUAGCAAACUUGCUCAGCUUGGACCUGUACGAAAAUCAACUCUCAGGUCCAAUUCCAGAUUCGCUUGGCAACUUGAAAGCUUUAGUGUUUAUGAGAUUGAACGAUAACAAGCUAACGGGCACAGUACCAGAGAGUGUCAAAGCCCUUACAAAUGGAAAUUUGAGGAUCCUGAAUGUUACAAAUAAUCAAUUGUCAGGACCUCUGUUUCACUCCACAGGCUAA